GUGCUGUUGUUGUUUUCCUGUUUUGCAGGGUCUUUUCGAAACGAUGGCUUAAAAGCGGCUGAUGUCCUUCCCAUCCUGAAGGAGAAAGUGGCCUUUGUGUCAGGUGGCCGUGAUAAACGAGGUGGUCCCAUCCUGACCUUCCCAGCACGCAGCAAUCACGACAGAAUAAGGCAGGAAGACCUUCGGAAACUUGUGACUUAUUUGGCCAGUGUGCCAAGUGAAGAUGUCUGUAAACGAGGAUUCACUGUUAUCAUUGAUAUGCGGGGAUCCAAAUGGGACUUGAUCAAGCCUUUGCUGAAGACCCUUCAGGAAGCCUUUCCUGCUGAGAUUCAUGUUGCCCUGAUCAUCAAACCUGACAACUUCUGGCAGAAGCAGAAAACUAAUUUUGGCAGUUCCAAAUUCAUCUUUGAGACAAGUAUGGUUUCUGUUGAAGGCCUGGCAAAGCUUGUUGAUCCUUCCCAACUGACUGAUGAGUUCGAAGGAUCCUUGGACUACAAUCAUGAUGAGUGGAUAGAGCUGAGAGUCUCCUUGGAAGAGUUUUUCAACAGUGCCAUCCAUUUGUUAUCAAGGCUAGAGGACCUUCAGGAAAUGUUGGCUAGGAAAGAAUUUCCAGUUGAUGUUGAAGGGUCAAGGAGGCUGAUCGACGAGCAUACGCAGCUCAAGAAAAAAGUGAUCAAAGCACCCGUGGAGGAACUGGACCGAGAGGGCCAAAGGUUAUUACAAUGUAUAAGGUGCAGCGAUGGUUUUUCUGGUAGGAACUGCAUUCCUGGAAGUGCCGACUUCCAAAGUCUUGUGCCAAAGAUCACCAGCCUCUUGGACAAGUUGCAUUCUACACGGCAACAUUUGCACCAGAUGUGGCAUGUCCGCAAGCUGAAACUAGACCAGUGCUUUCAACUCCGACUCUUUGAGCAAGAUGCAGAGAAGAUGUUCGACUGGAUCAGCCACAACAAGGAGUUGUUCCUACAGAGUCACACAGAGAUCGGCGUGAGCUACCAACAUGCCCUCGACUUACAGACGCAGCAUAAUCACUUUGCUAUGAAUUCCAUGAACGCCUACGUCAACAUCAAUCGCAUCAUGUCAGUGGCAUCCAGGCUCUCAGAGGCAGGCCAUUAUGCUUCCCAGCAAAUUAAACAAAUCUCCACCCAGCUGGAUCAAGAAUGGAAGAGCUUCGCUGCAGCCCUGGAUGAGCGCAGCACCAUCCUCGCCAUGUCUGCUGUAUUUCACCAGAAGGCCGAGCAGUUCCUUUCAGGUGUGGAUGCCUGGUGUAAAAUGUGCAGUGAAGGAGGUCUCCCAUCAGAAAUGCAAGACCUGGAGUUGGCCAUCCAUCACCAUCAGUCCCUCUAUGAACAGGUGACCCAGGCCUACACAGAGGUAAGCCAAGAUGGGAAGGCCUUGCUGGAUGUCCUGCAGCGUCCCUUGAGCCCUGGGAACUCUGAAUCCCUCACUGCCACGGCAAACUAUUCCAAAGCAGUCCACCAAGUUUUGGAUGUAGUACAUGAAGUCUUGCAUCACCAGCGGCGCCUAGAAAGCAUCUGGCAGCACAGAAAGGUCCGGUUGCAUCAAAGGCUGCAGCUCUGUGUUUUCCAGCAGGAUGUUCAACAGGUAUUGGACUGGAUUGAAAACCAUGGGGAAGCCUUUCUUAGUAAACACACUGGAGUGGGAAAAUCGCUACACAGGGCACGAGCCCUUCAGAAGAGACAUGAUGAUUUUGAAGAAGUUGCACAGAACACGUACACCAAUGCAGACAAGCUCUUAGAGGCUGCAGAGCAGUUGGCUCAGACUGGGGAAUGUGAUCCUGAAGAGAUCUACAAAGCAGCCCGGCAUCUGGAAGUGCGGAUUCAGGACUUUGUCCGGAGAGUGGAACAAAGGAAACUUCUCCUGGACAUGUCUGUCUCCUUCCAUACCCACACCAAAGAGCUGUGGACAUGGAUGGAAGAUCUGCAGAAGGAGCUCUUAGAGGAUGUCUGUGCUGAUUCAGUGGAUGCCGUUCAGGAGCUUAUCAAGCAGUUCCAGCAGCAGCAGACAGCUACCCUGGAUGCUACUCUCAACGUUAUUAAGGAAGGGGAAGAUCUAAUCCAGCAGCUCAGGGACUCAGCGGUUUCCAACAACAAGACUCCGCACAAUAGCUCCAUCAGCCACAUUGAAUCUGUCCUUCAGCAGCUCGACGAGGCCCAGGUACAGAUGGAAGAGCUUUUCCAUGAGAGGAAAAUUAAGCUAGACAUUUUCCUUCAGCUCCGGAUCUUUGAGCAGUACACCAUCGAGGUAACGGCAGAGUUAGACGCCUGGAAUGAAGAUUUGCUGAGGCAAAUGAACGAUUUCAAUACUGAGGAUCUCACUCUGGCUGAGCAGCGCUUGCAGCGCCACACGGAGCGGAAGCUGGCCAUGAACAACAUGACCUUCGAGGUUAUCCAGCAAGGGCAAGAUUUACAUCAGUACAUCAUGGAAGUCCAGGCUUCAGGCAUCGAGCUGAUCUGUGAAAAGGACAUUGAUCUUGCAACGCAAGUGCAAGAGCUGCUGGAGUUCCUCCACGAGAAACAGCAUGAGCUAGAGCUUAACGCCGAUCAGACUCACAAGCGGCUGGAACAGUGCCUGCAGCUCCGACACCUCCAGGCGGAGGUCAAGCAGGUGCUGGGCUGGAUUCGGAACGGGGAGUCGAUGCUCAAUGCCAGCCUCGUCAAUGCAAGCUCCCUCUCAGAAGCUGAGCAGCUCCAGCGAGAACAUGAGCAAUUCCAGCUGGCCAUAGAGAAGACGCACCAGAGCGCCCUGCAGGUCCAGCAGAAAGCUGAAGUGCUGCUACAGGCUGGACACUACGAUGCAGAUGCUAUCCGGGAGUGCGCUGAAAAAGUGGCACUACAUUGGCAACAGCUGAUGCUGAAGAUGGAGGACAGGCUCAAGCUGGUCAACGCAUCGGUUGCUUUUUAUAAAACCUCCGAGCAGGUCUGCAGCGUCCUGGAGAGUCUGGAGCAGGAGUACAGACGGGACGAAGACUGGUGCGGCGGCCGGGACAAGCUGGGGCCGGCGGCUGAGAUUGACCACGUCAUCCCGCUGAUCAGCAAACAUCUGGAACAGAAGGAAGCUUUUCUCAAGGCCUGCACAUUAGCACGAAGGAACGCUGAAGUAUUCCUCAAGUACAUUCACAGGAACAAUGUCAGCAUGCCUGGAGUAGCAAGCCAUACCAGGGGGCCUGAGCAGCAAGUGAAAGCUAUUCUCAGCGAGCUGUUGCAGAGAGAGAACCGGGUUCUUCAUUUCUGGACCUUGAAGAAACGGAGAUUAGAUCAGUGCCAACAAUAUGUGGUCUUUGAGCGCAGUGCCAAGCAGGCCUUAGACUGGAUCCAAGAAACAGGCGAGUAUUACCUCUCCACCCACAACUCCACAGGGGACUCAGCAGAAGAAACUCAGGAACUCCUAAAAGAAUAUGGGGAAUUCAGAGUACCCGCCAAGCAAACCAAGGAGAAAGUGAAGCUUCUCAUCCAGCUGGCUGACAGUUUUGUAGAAAAAGGACAUAUACACGCCACUGAAAUCAGGAAAUGGGUCACCACGGUUGAUAAACACUAUCGAGACUUCUCUCUGAGGAUGGGAAAGUACCGCUACUCAUUGGAGAAAGCCCUUGGAAUUAAUACAGAGGAUAACAAGGACCUGGAACUGGACAUCAUUCCAGCUAGUCUUUCAGACCGGGAGGUGAAGCUGCGAGAUGCUAAUCAUGAGGUUAAUGAAGAAAAAAGGAAGUCAGCCCGAAAGAAAGAAUUCAUUAUGGCUGAACUGCUUCAGACAGAAAAAGCUUAUGUCAGGGACUUACAUGAAUGCUUAGAGACCUACCUUUGGGAGAUGACCAGUGGAGUAGAGGAGAUACCCCCUGGGAUACUUAAUAAAGAACAUAUCAUCUUUGGCAACAUUCAGGAGAUCUAUGACUUUCAUAACAACAUUUUCCUGAAAGAACUAGAGAAAUAUGAACAACUGCCUGAAGACGUGGGCCACUGCUUCGUCACCUGGGCAGAUAAAUUUCAGAUGUAUGUCACCUACUGCAAAAACAAACCUGAUUCUAGCCAGCUCAUCCUGGAACAUGCCGGGACUUUCUUUGAUGAAAUUCAGCAAAGACAUGGUCUAGCCAACUCCAUCUCCUCGUAUUUAAUCAAGCCUGUCCAGAGGAUCACCAAAUACCAGCUUUUACUGAAGGAGCUGUUAACAUGCUGUGAAGAAGGCAAAGGGGAACUCAAAGAUGGCCUAGAAGUAAUGCUUAGCGUCCCUAAGAAAGCCAAUGAUGCCAUGCAUGUCAGCAUGCUGGAAGGAUUUGAUGAGAACCUGGAUGUUCAGGGAGAGCUGAUUCUGCAGGAUUCCUUCCAGGUGUGGGACCCCAAGUCUCUCAUUCGGAAAGGCCGGGAGAGGCACUUGUUCCUCUUUGAAAUCUCUUUGGUUUUUAGCAAGGAGAUCAAAGAUUCUUCAGGACACACAAAAUAUGUUUACAAGAACAAAUUACUGACCUCAGAACUGGGAGUGACUGAGCAUGUUGAAGGAGAUCCCUGUAAGUUUGCCUUGUGGUCUGGGCGGACACCAUCUUCAGACAAUAAAACAGUGUUGAAGGCAUCCAGUAUUGAAACAAAACAGGAAUGGAUCAAAAAUAUCCGGGAAGUCAUUCAAGAAAGGAUUAUCCAUUUGAAAGGAGCUUUGAAGGAACCAAUCCAGCUCCCGAAGACACCAGCAAAGCAGAGAAACAACAGUAAAAGAGAUGGAAUAGAAGAUGCGGACAGCCAAGGAGAUGGUAGCAGUCAGCCCGACACCAUUUCCAUUGCAUCCAGGACCUCACAAAACACAGUGGACAGUGAUAAGCUGUCUGGAGGCUGUGAACUCACCGUGGUGCUACAAGACUUCACUGCCAGCCAUAGCAGCGAGCUGAGCAUCCAAGUGGGACAGACCGUGGAGUUACUAGAGAGACCGAGUGAAAGGCCGGGCUGGUGUUUGGUACGGACGACGGAGCGGAGCCCGCCUCAGGAAGGUCUCGUCCCCAGCAGCACUCUCUGCAUCUCCCACUCCCGGAGCAGCGUGGAGAUGGACUGCUUCUUCCCUUCAGGAAAAGAUGGAUAUUCGGUCUCAUCUAAUGAAAAUGGAGGCAAGUCUGACUCGGUGGCCAAUUUGCAGCCUCAGCCAUCCCUCAACUCAAUCCAAAGCUCUCCGGGCCCAAAGCGGUCAACCAACACACUCAAGAAAUGGCUGACAAGCCCCGUGCGUCGGCUGAACAGCGGGAAGGCGGAGAGUAACAUCAAAAAACAGAAGAAGGUCCGAGAUGGCAGGAAGAGCUUUGACCUGGGCUCCCCGAAGACGGGAGACGAGACCACGCCUCAAGGGGACAGUGCAGAUGAGAAGAGCAAGAAAGGUUGGGGAGAAGAUGAACCAGAUGAAGAAUCGCACACACCACUCCCCCCUCCGAUGAAGAUUUUUGAUAAUGACCCUGCACAGGAUGAGAUGUCCUCCUCUUUGCUAGCUGCUCGUCAGAGCUCCUCCGAUGUGCCAACUGCUGCGGAUCUUGUCAGUGCAAUAGAAAAGUUGGUCAAAAGUAAGCUGACCCUAGAAGGAGGAUCUUAUCGCGGAAGCUUAAAAGAUGCCACUGGCUGCUUAAAUGAAGGGAUGACGCCUUCCACUCCCCCAAGAAACCUUGAAGAGGAGCAAAAAGCCAAAGCAAUGAGAGGCAGGAUGUUCGUCUUAAAUGAGCUGGUACAGACUGAGAAAGACUAUGUCAAAGAUUUGGGAACUGUGGUAGAGGGCUUCAUGAAGAGAAUAGAAGAAAAAGGGGUUCCUGAAGAUAUGAAAGGGAAAGACAAAAUUGUGUUCGGCAAUAUCCACCAGAUUUAUGACUGGCACAAAGACUUUUUCCUGGCUGAACUGGAAAAGUGUCUUCAGGAACCUGACCGCUUAGCGCAGCUCUUUAUAAAACAUGAAAGACGAUUGCACAUGUACGUGGUGUAUUGCCAAAACAAGCCACGAUCAGAAUACAUAGUAGCUGAAUACGAUGCAUAUUUUGAGGAGCUUCAGCAAGAAAUAAACCAGCGGUUAACUCUCAGUGACUUUUUGAUCAAACCCAUCCAGAGAAUAACAAAAUACCAGCUUCUACUCAAGGACUUCCUGAGAUACAGUGAAAAAGCUGGACUGGAAUGUUCUGAGACAGAGAAAGCAGUUGAAUUAAUGUGCCUUGUACCAAAACGUUGCAAUGAUAUGAUGAACCUGGGCCGUCUUCAGGGCUUCGAGGGCAAGCUGACGGCUCAAGGAAAGCUGCUGCAGCAGGAUACCUUCUACGUCACCGAGCAGGACUCUGGCAUGCAGUGUCGGCCAAAAGAGCGGAGGGUCUUCCUCUUUGAGCAAAUAGUCAUCUUCAGCGAGCUUCUUAGGAAGGGCUCUCUGACACCAGGCUACAUGUUCAAGAAAAGCAUAAAGAUGAACUACCUAGUCCUCGAAGAAAACGUGGAAAAUGAUCCCUGCAAGUUUGCUGUCAUGAACCGGGAAACAUCCGAGCGAGUGAUUCUACAGGCUGCCAAUCCUGAAAUCCAGCAAGCUUGGGUACAGGACAUCAAUCAGGUCCUGGAAACGCAAAGAGACUUUCUAAAUGCACUGCAGUCUCCUAUCGAGUAUCAACGCAAAGAAAAUAGCUCAGCAGUAAUGAGGCCCCAAACUAGUAGGGUGCCUCAGCCCAACAGCAGACCCUAUUCUUCUGUUGCAGUCAGCUCUGAGAAGCCUUUGAAGGCUGCAAGCCGUAACCCAUCUCUCCCACCCUUGAAGAUAUCUACCUCCAAUGGCAGUGCAGGGUAUGAACACCAGCAGCCUGGGGACAAAUAUGAACAAAGCAAGAAUGACCUGGGAGGGUGCAAUGGGACCUCUUCCAUGGUGGUAAUCAAAGAUUACUAUGCACUGAAGGAGGACGAGAUCUGCGUGAAUCAGGGUGAGGUGGUUCAGAUCCUCGCCAUCAACCAGCAGAAUAUGUUCCUGGUGUACCAGCCUGCAAAUGAUCACUCCCCAGCCGCUGAGGGAUGGAUUCCAGGAAAUAUCUUGGCUCCCCUCACUAAAUCCACUACAGAUAAUACCGACGGAAGCAUCAAGAAGUCAUGUUCAUGGCAUACCCUGCGCAUGAGAAAGCGGGCGGAAAUGGAGAGCAGUGGCAAAAAUGAAGCCAAUGGGCCACGUAAAUCCAAGGAUAUUCUGGGCAACAAAGUCUCUGUUAAAGAGACGAACAGCUCAGAGGAAUCAGAGUGUGAUGACCUUGACCCCAAUACUAGCAUGGAGAUCAUUAACCCAAAUUUCAUCCAAGAAGUGGCUCCUGAAUUCCUUGUGCCACUAGUGGAUGUUACCUGUUUGCUGGGCGACACGGUGAUGUUGCAGUGCAAAGUCUGUGGACGCCCAAAGCCAACCAUCACCUGGAAAGGACCAGAUCAAAAUAUCCUUGACAAUGACAACAGCACAGCCACUUACACAGUGUCGUCCUGUGAGUCUGGGGAGCUCACCCUGAAGAUCUGCAACCUGAUGCCUCAGGACAGCGGCAUUUACACCUGUGUGGCAGCCAAUGAGCAUGGAACGGCUUCCACCUCCGCUACAAUCAAAGUGCAAGGUGUUCCAGCAGCCCCGAACCGCCCCAUUGCUCAGGAAAGAAGCUGCACAUCAGUGAUCCUGCGCUGGAUGCCCCCAUCCAGUACAGGAAAUUGUACCAUUUCUGGCUACACCGUAGAAUACAGAGAAGAAGGAUCCCAUGUCUGGCAGCAGUCGGUCGCCUCAACAUUGGAUACCUAUCUUGUCAUUGAAGAUCUAACCCCAGGAUGCCAGUAUCAGUUCAGAGUCAGUGCCAGCAACCCCUGGGGAAUUAGUUUGCCUAGUGAGCCAUCAGAGUUUGUGAGGCUCCCAGAAUACGACUCUGCUGCUGAUGGUGCCACUAUUUCAUGGAAAGAAAACUUUGACUUUGCGUACACAGAACUGCAUGAGAUUGGGAGGGGUCGAUUCGCCGUAGUAAAGAAAUGUGUUCACAAAGCCACCCGGAAAGAUGUUGCCGUGAAAUUCAUUAGCAAAAAAAUGAAAAAGAAAGAGCAGGCGGCACAUGAAGCGGCUUUGCUACAGCACUUACAGCACCCGCAGUACAUCACCAUCCAUGAUACCUAUGAGUCACCCACUUCCUAUAUCUUAGUUUUGGAACUGAUGGACGAUGGCCGUCUCUUGGAUUAUCUCAUGAAUCACGAUGAGCUGAUGGAGGAGAAAGUAGCUUUCUACAUCAGAGAUACAAUGGAGGCACUACAAUAUCUUCACAAUUGCAGAGUGGCUCAUUUAGACAUAAAGCCAGAAAAUCUACUCAUUGACUUAAGGAUCCCUGUGCCUCGGGUCAAGCUGAUAGACUUGGAAGAUGCAGUUCAAAUCACAGGACAUUACCACAUUCACCAACUGCUUGGAAACCCUGAGUUUGCAGCUCCUGAAGUUAUCCAAGGUGUCCCUGUCUCACUGAGCACGGAUAUCUGGAGCAUUGGGGUCCUCACCUAUGUCAUGUUAAGUGGUGUCUCUCCAUUCCUGGAUGAAAGCAAAGAAGAGACGUGCAUAAAUGUGUGCAGAGUGGAUUUCAGUUUCCCGUCAGAGUAUUUCUCGGACGUGAGCCUGGCUGCCAGAGACUUCAUCAAUGUUAUCCUUCAGGAAGACUUCAGGAGAAGACCAACAGCAGCCACCUGUUUACAGCAUCCCUGGCUGCAGCCACAUACUGGCAACUAUUCCAAAAUCCCACUGGAUACCUCCCGCUUGGCUUCCUUCAUAGAGCGCCGCAAGCACCAAUAUGACGUGCAUCCAGUUCCCAAUGUUAAGAGCUUCAUAAUGAACAGGAUGAAUCCUGGAACGUAAUGCAAUAUAUUCCUGAGCUAUUACAUGACUAGUCCUAAGACCCAGAAUACAGUAUGAGCAGACAUGCUGCAGAAUCUGUCUGUAUAUAAUUCUGUAUUAAGUAUUAAUUUCAUGUGGUUCCCCAGACUGAGGGUUAUAAAUUGUACCAGUAGUUGCAGUAUCUGUCCAAUUACUCAGAACCAAAGUGAAUAUAGAUGGUUUCAGGUGGGCACAUCCAGCCUCUUGACAAGGCUAUUCUUGGGAAGCAAGAAAUCUGCCUGUUAUAGUAAAGUCCACACAACAAAGAGGGUGUUUAAGAUGAACACCAGCUGGAAGAGGGAACCAAAAUACUGUUGCCUUAUUUUUGUUAAAGGCAGCCUUAUAAGAGACCCCUGUUGGUCUUGCCGAACUGAUUUCAAAAUAUAAACGAUGGAGUUGGAGCAGAGUAGUGGGUAAAACUGGGCUGAAUCUAGGCAGUCAAUAGUUACAAUAAAUUCAAAUUGAAUUUGGAGUUUGGAGAAAUCACUGAUAACUAAGUCCUUAAUAAAGGCUGAAUUUUGUGAGCCCUCUGUACCCAGGACUCCCACUGACUUCACUGAAGAGGGCACACAAGGUCACGCUCUAUUUACAGCUUUUCUGAUGGUGUGAUUUCAAUAUUUCUUUACAGUCUUGCUCAAGCAGGCAGAAAUCCCACACAGGAUUAUAGAAUCUUUUGCUAUAUUGAGUCAACAUGCAGUACCUUUCAAAAUGACAGUUAAGGCAGUGAAUUCACUGGAGAAUAAAGCUGUUUUGACUAAGCACAAUGAGACGACGAUGGUUUUUUAAAAAAUGUUUUCUAAGCCUUGUACAGAAAUCUUUUGCAGAACCUGUGUGUUGAGAAAAGGGUGUCAAAUUUUUGCAGUAUCUGUAAACUAGAUGAUGAUGUUAACAACGAUAAUUUUUUGUAUCACAGGUUGUUCAAUAUACCUAUAUUGUGUGUACAUAUAUAAAUAUAUAAAAAGGACCCUGUUUCAUUUCUAGCUUCAAAAACUGCUUGGUCCAAAGCCAGUCAAAGUGCAGUAAGAGUAGGGAGUUUAUCCUUGUGCUUACAGCUUCAGAAUGGUUUUCUAUGUAUAAAAUUGGUUGCUGAUGUUUCCAGAUCCAUAAAUAUUUCUUCAGCUGCUUUAAGGCUCCAUCACCAAAGCAUUUGUGAGGCUAUCUUUUAUGUCCAAAGCCUAGUUAGAAAUAACAGAAUCAUCAUUCCAAGCCAACUUGCAACAUUUUCAUAUUGAUGUUAUGGUAGCAGGGCUGACUUUAAAUACAAGCAACAUGGGAAAUCUCAUAGUUCACAAGCUGGCCAAAUUUUCCCUUUUAAGCAGUAUGACUGGAGGAGUAGGCAAUACUCCCUCAUCCUGUUCCAGCAUCUUGGGACAGUUAAUAGGUCCCAACCCAGCGCAUGGUGGGGGAUCUGACUGAUCAGAUAAUCAGGAAAGGGGUAUAUCUUUCCAGGCACAUGGGUAGCUCUAUCAAUGGUGAGCUCUGCCAGUGUGCCUGGGGUAGGUAAUAUCCAAGCUCUUACCACAGCAGUUGAUAGUGAACUCUUGAUUCGCAGGGUUGGAUUUCCCAAGGCAAAAGGUUUGAUCUGCUAAUCUGUGCACAUCAUAGCCUAUCUUGAGCAAUUGCCUAGGAGCAAUAGUGAAAUCCAGUAGUGGUAAGUGGUCUGUCUGCUGGUAGUGUCCACAGGAGUCGGUAGAUCGGCAGAAAAACAGUCUCUCCAGCCCCAAAGUGACAAAAUCCCUCUGCCAGCACUGCUAAUGCCUCGGGGCUCUACCAGCCCUUGAUCCUCUUCAAAACUCAGCUCCUUCUGGGAUUUUAGAGCACUGCAUUUGUCCUACACCGUGAAACUGCACCGUCGCAAUGAAGCUAGGGCCCUCUGUGGCUGUCGGGUGGGUU